GCGGCAAUGCGGCCGCCUUUGUUUGCUCGCCGCGAUGCCCCCUCCGCGCGGCGGGGCCGAUGCGGGCGCCUAUAAAAGCCGCCGGCGGGGCCCGGGGCUCGGCCAGAGGGGAGCGUGACUCGCCGCCGCGAUGAGCCUCCUUGGCGCGGCUCUGCUGCUCGCCCUCGCCGCGCCGGGCCGGGACGCCGCGGCCGCCCGGCCCGCCAAGCCCCUCCUGCCCAUCCAGCCCGAAUCGGACCCCCUGCCCUCCAAGGGGGCGGCAGGUUGCUCGUUUGGGGGCAGAUUCUAUUCCCUGGAAGAUACUUGGCAUCCGGACCUGGGUGAGCCCUUCGGCAUCAUGCAUUGCGUGGUGUGCUACUGCGAACCGCAGAGAAAUCGCCGUGGGAAGCCGACGGGCAAAGUCAGCUGCAAGAACAUGAAGCAGGACUGCCCCACUCCUGCUUGUGCGGAUGCCAUCCUGCUGCCGGGCCACUGUUGCAGAACUUGUCCGAAGGCUGCUGUCAGCAUCCCGGAAAAGAGACCCGAGGCUCUGUUUGACAACUUGGAGUAUUUCCAGGAUAAAGACGACGAUUUGCACAGGAACUACAAUGACCGGGCUUAUCUCAGCUCUGAAGACUCGUCCCGGGACGACAGCCGCACAGAUUUUGUGGCACUACUUACCAGCGGCUCAGAGCCGUGGGUGCCUGCGAGCAGCGCGGUGGCGAAAGCUCGGUUCUCUCUCGUCCGCUCUUCCCUGAUCUUCUCCAUCAGCUAUGAAAGGCUGGGCCAGCCAAGCCGAGUCCGUUUCACGGAGCCCGAAGGGACCGUCCUCUUCGAACACCCUGUACAGAAGGGGGCCUCUCCCCAGGACAGCAUGAUCUGCGGCAUAUGGCGGAACCUGCAAAAGUCUUCCAUCCGGCUAUUGAAGGUGGAUCAGCUGCGCGUAUCCCUGGUCACCAAGUCCCAUCCUGCGGGCGAGAUCCGAGGCAGAAUCAUCAAGCACCGGGCUCUCUUUGCAGAAACGUUCAGUGCUAUCCUCACGUCUGUGGACCCCACCCACCUUGGCAUGGGGGGCCUCGCUAUGCUGACCCUGAGCGACACAGAGAACAACUUGCAUUUUGUCCUGGUGACCAAGGGUCUGCUGGAGUCAGCCGACAAGAAAUCCCCUGGGCUCCCCCUGAGGGUGCAAAUUCUGCACCAGGACAGGGUCCUUAGGGAGGUCUUGGCCAAUGUCUCUUUGCAGGAGCCGGACUUUGCCGAAGUGCUGACCGGAUUGUCGAGCCAAGAGAUGCUGUGGCUGGCACAGGGGCAGCUGAAGAUCAGCGUGGAGGUGGAGGGCCGAUUCCGGCGCCAGAUCGCCGGCCACAUCACCGUCAGGAUGAGCUGCGAUACCAUCCAAAGUGUGCUGUGUGGAGGAGAUGCCCUGACGCCCACCCGCACGGGGGCUGUGGGUUCUGCCAAGCUCAUGUUGCAUGCAAACGGGACUUUGGAGUACCAGGUCCAGGUGGCAGGCACCGGAAGCGAGGUCAUCGGCAUCACGCUGGAGACCAAACCCCGCAGGAGAAGCAAACGCAACGUCUUGUAUGACAUGACGCACAGCUACAGGGAUGGGAUGGCCAGCGGGACCUGGGCGCAAGUAAGCGGGCGCGAGGCUCACAUGUUGCUGCAGAACGAGCUCUUCCUCAACGUGGCGACCACGGAUUUCGAUGAGGGGGAACUGCGGGGGCAGAUCAGCUCCCUACUGUACAGCGGGCUCCUGGCACGACACCAAGAGCUCCCCAUCCCCCUCGCGGGCCACUUCGUGUCUCCUCCGGUACGGACUGGGUCUGCUGGCCAUGCCUGGGUGUCCUUGGACGAUCACUGCCACCUGCAUUACGGGAUUGUGGUCGCUGGCCUUGGCAGGGCAGAUGAUGGAACCGUCAGCGCUCAUCUGCAUGGCUUUGCCGAGUUGGGCGAGCUGCAAGAGAGCAGCAGCCGGGAACAUAAGAGGCUACUUAGGGGCUUCUACGGCACAGAGGCCCAAGGGGUAGUGAAGGACUUGGACCGGGAGCUGUUUCGUCACCUGGCCCAGGGCACAGCCUUCCUGCAAGUCAGCACCAAAGCGAAUCCUCGGGGGGAAAUCCGAGGCAAGGUACACAUUCCAAACCACUGCGAGGCCGGAGGCAUCCGAUUGACCCCUGAAGAUCCAGAGGAUGAACUCCCGGGCAAUCCAAUCUCCAGUAACCCUGAAGAGUUGAAGAAAGACCCCAAUUCCUGCUUUUUCGAAGGGCAGCAUCGAGCUCAUGGCUCCCGCUGGGCCCCGGACUAUGACAAGAAAUGUUCUGUCUGUAGCUGCCAGAAGCACACUGUCAUCUGUGACCCUGUCCUGUGCCAGCCCCUCAACUGUUCACAGCCGGUGCACCUGGAGGACCAGUGCUGUCCCGUGUGCGAAGAGAAGAAAGACAUCCUAGAAGGGCAAAGAGUGGAGAAAGCCCAAGACAGCAGUGGAGGUUGUUACUUUGAUGGGGACAAGACAUGGCGAGGGGCGGGCACCCGCUGGCAUCCCGUGGUCCCCCCUUUCGGCCUCAUCAAAUGUGCCGUUUGCACUUGCAAGGGAGCCACUGGGGAAGUGCAUUGUGAGAAAGUGCAGUGCCCGCGCCUGACCUGCAGCCACCCCGUCCGCGUCAGCCCGUCUGACUGCUGCAAGCAAUGCCCAGCCUCGGAGCAGAGUCCCGUCGCGCUGUCAGACAUGAUGCAGGCAGACGGGCCCAGGGCCUGCCGGUUUGGGCGCCAGUGGUACAUGCACAACGAGAGCUGGCACCCCACGGUGCCCCCUUUCGGGGAGAUGAAAUGCAUCACCUGCUGUCUGGGGAAACUCACUGCCAGCGCCAGGAAUGUUCUCCCGCCUCUUGCUCCAAAGAAGGGAAGACGCAAGACUCCUGCUGCUCCAAGUGCCAAGUGCCUGAAGACCUUCCUGAAGAAACUCCAGAGCUGCUCCAAGAAGAGGCCAAGAAUUCCUGGAGACGUUAGCAGGCUGGCUGGAGCCAGGAAGCCAGUGAGGCACCCGAGGAGCCGGACGCAGGACCCUUGGCAGCUGGUGCUGGGCAGAGCUUUCCCAAAGCUGCCCAUGUUUCUCUGGCUGGCGAAGACAACUGAAGGCUCCCGUCUGAUGCCACCAUAGAGUCACCAGUCUGACAAUUGUAUAAUAACUGCGCCGUAGGAGAAGCGAGAGGCUUCGGCAGGUGACCCUUUCCCUGGACUUGGGGAGCCUCUUGGAAACUGUGGGCUGACACCCUGCAUAUUGCCGGUGGGGCACGCACAGACCAGUUUGGUGCAGAACAAUAAGCCCCUUGGAGGGUUCGGAUUUCAGACAUCCGGUGGAGUACGAGCACAACGCAAAGAUAAGCUAAGCACUCAAGGCCCCCGACCCACUUAAAAUGGCUUGGUCAGCUCCACUGCUUCUGGGGAGAGUACACAGCCAUGCCUUUUGCAUGCCUGACAUCCCCCCCCCCCGCAAAAAAACAUGGGAGGUGUCCUCCCCCAGGCUAGCUUGUAUAUAAUGUAAAAUUGCUUUCCUUCAUGACAUCUGGGGGGGGCUGUUUUGUUUGUUUUUUAUUAGGGAGGAGUUCCUUGUUUGUACUUGGUUGGUUGUGUAAUUUAUGGUUCCGGAGGGCAAGGUCCAUUUCCCCUGCUCUUGGAAGGAUUAAGAUGGGAGAUUCUGUAUUUAUUUUUUAAAAACCA